UAAAAGCCCGCCACCGCUUCUCGGCCCUUGGGCGGUAGACAAGAGAGAAGAACAAGUUUGCGGAAGCAGCCAGAAGAAGGGGAAGAAGGUUUAGGGUUUUAACGUCCCAGGCCCCUUUCCGUUCCAAUCGUGGUCGCCAUGAUUUACGACGUGAAUUCUUCUCUCUUCCGAUCCUUCCUCAGCCAGAAGGGAAGCAGCGCCGCUGAUAAGAGGAAAAUGGAGGAGCAGAAGCCCAAGGAGCAGAAACCGAAAGCAAAUGAAAACAAGCCUGUUAUGACUGAGUGAUGCGUCCGACUAUGGAGUUCUCCCCCCCUUCCUGUUCUCUUUCCUGAAACUUGCGUGGUGGGUUCGAAAUGUGAAAAUCCAACUUCGUUCACCUGGAUUGGCUGAAUUAACGUGGUUUUAUCUGGUUGCACGAAAAUGAGGUUGAAACGUGAAACCUAACAUGGCUAUUUUAAGAUCAACUUCUUGGUGGUGACUUGUUUUGCUCUUUUUGUAGUAUAGUACUUUGUGAUGUUUAUUUAAUCCAGUCCGUAUCUUUUAGACCCA